AUGCAACGAUCGUCUCUCGGCAAACGAGUCGUCUCUUCAGAGAUGCCUCAAAUUCAAUGGAGUGAGUCCAUGAUGAGAAGUUGUGUGAAAAAACAGACCUUAACAUUGUAUUUCAGAAAAAUGGCGAUGGGAAUGGCUGUGAUUAAUUAUCCGUGUAUGGAAACCUUAUUCUUUAAAAAUAAUGACACUUUUGUUGAAGAGCAAGAGCUCCAACAGGAUGAAUAUUCUCUGGCAUUGUUUUAUGCCAUACAGGCAUUGUGUGACCAAUACACUGGAAGAAGAGAAAAAGCGUUGGAAUCAUUUAAUGUAUCAAAAAAGUAUUUAGGGUUAAUUUUUGAUGAUUUUGACAGUUUUAGUGUCUUGUCGACCUAUAAUUACUUGGCCUAUUUUCUUGCUGGUGAAGGUGAAGAUGAACUUGCCAAACAAUAUGUUUCCAUUGUUGAUCAAUAUUUUGAGAGAAGGAAAAGAAGAAUGCUGAAAGGUCAGCAAUGCUUUCAUAGCAAUGUUUUCAAUGUUGACAAUUUGGAUAAGAAGCGAGGUGUGACAAAACUCUUUUUCUUUGAUCAUCGAGUAUCAUGGGAACCACAUGUCAAGUACAGUCAAUUACUUUCAGUUGCCUUUAAAAUAUCUACAGGAAGAGAAAUGCCAGACGAAAUGAUUGCAAUAGUCGAUGAAGAUUUAAACGAACGAAACUAUGUGAGACAAACAGAAGUGUUAGCAAACAUUCAUUUAUUAAUGAAAUCUCACCACAAAGAUCUACAACACGCGCCAGAGUAUAUUGAAAUUGGAUUAUUUAAGGAUACCCUUACUGUGACUUACCUUAAUAUUGAAUCAUUGAGAGUAGUACUUUCCAAAUGCCAAGAUCCAAUCAUCAAGUUUUCUUUUAAACAUACCAUUCUCAAAGAAGCGGAUGUAAUCAGUGCGUUGACUGAAAAUCCUGUUUUCCUUGGAAUGACAGCAUCGUUUGUUUUUGCGUUUGCUAUUGCUGCACAAACUCACCUGGAGCUGUAUUUUGAUCCAGAUAUAAUUAUGAGAGUGGCCACUCAAGAACAAAUUCUCAAGAAUUUAGUGAAAGAUUACAAAGGUCUUUUAUUUCUGUCCAAGUAUGGUCGUAUUUCUAAAAAGUAUGGCCAUAUUGUUUCUGCUAUUGAGCAGCUAUUGAAAAAUACGCAUCAUGCAGUUGACUUAAAUCAACAACAAACAGCAUCACACUCACCCCAAGCUCAUCAAAAGAAUUCGAGUGAUGGCGGUGCUGACAACCAUAUUGGUUGUGGAUCAAUGUCAUCCUCUGGUCUCGCAUGUACGAAUAAGCAAGAAAUCACGAUCAGCCCUUCCACAAAGAAGCGCAGACAUGCACCUCCGAGUGCUCAAUUUUUGGCGAACACUGCCCGCAAUUUUAGACCUGGCAAUGCGUUGAACAAUCCUCGAAAGGAAUGA